UGUGUGUGUGGUGUUAUAAUGAAUUGACUAUAUAGGCUACAUUUACUCAAGUACUAUACUUAGUACCAUUUUGAGUUACUAUAUUUUGAAUAUGUCUAUUUUCUUGCUACUUUAAACUUGUCACACUUACACUUAUUGUACUUUUCACUCCCUAUAGAGAUUUAAUUACUAGUUUGUCCACUUUUCAGAUUGAGAUCUCGUCCGUUUGGUUGUAAUUCAGCUUGAAGAGGAGUCCUCGGAGCCCUGCGUGUAGACAGCACGGACAGGGACUGCCCUGGGAACCGUUCUCUCAUCUUUAGAGUUCUUCUGCGCUUCUCUUGGCUGUCCGCUCGUGGCGAGCCGUGUCCACUAGGUGGCGCUGCUGCACCCGGUGGCGGCGAUGCAGCGGCGCUGUCAAAUCAAAGCAGAAGAAGACGCGGAAACAACAGCAGCUCGGCUCGCGCUCCCCGCGGCCCCCCACCAUGUUAUCGACCACCAGCUCGGCGUAGAGGCGACACAACCCCCACGGAGAACACCCGGUGGCACCGAGGCGGCGCCAUGGCGGGCGAGGAGCGGGGGGUGGUCCGGGUCCGAGUCAAGAAGUGUGACGGCGUGCUCCCUGUGGAGUUCCGCUCCUUCGCGGUGGACCCUCAGAUCACGUCCCUGGAGGUGCUGCAGCACAUCCUCAUCAGAGCCUUCGAGCUGAGCGGGAGGCGGAGCUUUGGGAUGAGCUACUUGUCUCGAGAUCGGAGCGGCGCCGAGAUGUUUCUGCCUCUGCUGUCCGACUGGGAUCUGGACCUCGCUUUCGUCAGCGCUGCCAAACCAUACCUGCAGCUCAAGAUGGACGUCAAGCCCUCAGAAGACAGCCCAGUGAUGGAGGACUGGGACAUCAUCAGCCCCAAAGACGUGAUUGGCUCUGAGCAGCUGCUGGCAGAGAGGACGAGGUCCCUGGCCAACGCCGCGCUGCCCUUCACCCAGUCGCUGCUGUGCCAGGUGGGCCGCACCCUGUCCAAAGUGCAGCAGGCCUUCAGCUGGUCUUACGGGGAGGAGAUCAAGCCCUUCCACCCCCCGCUGAGCGACGCCGAGUUCCACCAUUACCUCAACGGACAGGGCCAGCUGACCCGGCCCGACGAGCUCCGGCUGCGCAUCUACCACGGGGGAGUGGACCCCUCACUGCGCAAGGUGGUGUGGCGGUACCUGCUGAACGUGUACCCUGACGGGCUGACGGGCCAGGAGAGGAUGGACUACAUGAAGAGGAUGACGAGGGAGUACGACCAGCUGAAGAGGGAGUGGCCGGCCCGGGUCAGCGCCGAGGACCUGGACUUCAUCCGGGGCAGCGUUCUGAAGGACGUGCUGCGGACGGACCGGGCCCACCCGUACUACGCCGGCUCGGAGGACAGCCCGCACCUCGGAGCCCUCACCGACCUGCUCACCACCUUCGCCAUCACACACCCACAGAUCUCUUACUGCCAGGGCAUGAGUGACCUGGCGUCCCCCAUCCUGGCGGUGAUGGACAACGAGGCCCACGCCUUUGUGUGUUUCUGCGGCAUCAUGAAGCGUCUGGAGGGGAACUUCCAGCCCGACGGGCGCCUCAUGGCCGUGAAGUUCCAGCACCUGAAGCUGCUGCUGCGCUACUCCGACCCCGAGUUCUACUCCUACCUGGUGUCCCGCGGCGCCGACGACCUGUUCUUCUGCUACCGCUGGCUGCUGCUGGAGCUCAAGAGGGAGUUCACCUUCGACGACGCGCUGCGGAUGCUGGAGGUCACGUGGAGCUCGCUGCCGCCCGACCCGCCGGAGACCGAGGUGGAGCUGCGGGGACCGCCGGGCGAGCCGGGCCGACCGGAGAGCGGCCCGGGAGACGAGGAGCGCCGCAAAGAGAAGCGGCGCCGACGCCACAUGCUGAGGCCUUCGAGAGAAGAGAGGGACGAAGACGAGGAAGACGAGGGAGGCGAAGAGGCUCCUCCCUCGGAGAGGAAGACGAGUUUCGGGGAGUUUAAAUACUACACCGCCCGCCAUGAAGACAGCUUCCACGUGGAGGAGGCGGGGCAGACGGGCGUCCCCCGGCGCCAGUCCACGGCGGACAGCGAGGAGGACCCGGAGGAGCGCACGCCGCUCAUCAAGACGUGUGAGGACUCCUCCCCCUCGCCGCCCGCCGCCUGGAGGACGGUCCCCUCCGAGUCGCCGGCGUCUCCGGCCUCGUCCUCCAGCUGGCCGGGAGCCUCUCUGGACUCCCCAGAGCCCACGGCCAAUGAGAGCGAGGCCUUCCCCAGAACUGUCCCCAAGGCCCCGCCCCCUCCCGCCCACAUGCUGAGCAGCACGGGGAUGAACUCGCCCACCACCCCCACGGUGAGGACGGCGGUGGCGUCUCCCACCUUCAGCCGCUCCCUGCUGUCCUCGCCCAUCUCGUCCUUCGGGCGAGGCUCGCCGCCGCCCGGCUGCCUGGAGGCCGAGGCCGCCGGCGUGAAGCCGUGCUCCCUGCCGCCGCCGCAGGAGUUCGGCAAAGGGAACCCCUUCAUGCUGUUCCUGUGCCUGUCCAUCCUGCUGGAGCACCGCGACCACAUCAUCAAGAACGGCCUGGACUACAACGAGCUCGCCAUGCACUUCGACCGCCUGGUGCGGCGCCACAACCUGAGCCGCGUGCUGCGGCGCGCCAAGGCGCUGUUCGCCGACUACCUGCAGAGCGAGGUGUGGGACUCCGAGGAGGGGGACGAGGUCAGCUCGGACUCCCCCACCGCCGCCGGGCCUCGCUCGCCGUCCUCCCCCAACUCCACCUACAACAUGGCCACCGCCGUCCCCUCCCCCACAGCUCACCUGUUCCUCUCUCCCACUUCCUGAGUCCAGCGUCGGUUCCCCCUCCUCGGACCCUGUGGAGGUUUGACCUCCACGUUGACCUGGGGCUCUCCUCGCUCUGCGUGACGCAUACAUGUGUGUUCCUGAUGUCUGUGACCCUCCAUCCACCUUUCUACGUCAGCCCCCUGGUGGUGAGUCCUUGAAGUGCUUGGCGUCCCACCCUGAGGUUCUGGGGUCUGACGUCUAUCCGCUUGGUGCGUUUCGCCUCGUUUGUCUUUGUUUACAACUUCCUGUUGCGUCAACCAGCCACGCGCGUGUCUUAAUGAGCCGCGCCAGUUACGUUAGCUCUGUACUUUAUGGUACAGGGUUUAGCGCCAGAACACGCACUGUACUGACCUCUGACCCGGCCUCUCUGACCCGGCCCCUCUGACCCGGCCCCUCUGACCCGGCCUCUCUGACCCGGCCCCUCUGACCCGGCCUCUCUGACCCGGCCCCUCUGACCCGGCCCCUCUGACCCGGCCUCUCUGACCCGGCCCCUCUGACCCGGCCUCUCUGACCCGGCCCCUCUGACCCGGCCCCUCUGACCCGGCCUCUCUGACCCGGCCCCUCUGAGACGUGGGUUAGGGUUAGAGGGCCCGGGUCCAGAGACGUGGUCCUGAGGGCCCGGGUCCAGAGACGUGGUCCUGAGACGUGGUCCUGAGGGCCCGGGUCCAGAGACGUGGUCCUCAUGCAGCCACCGGAGGCUUGAUGUUGAGCCUUUGCUUGUUUUUCUAACUUUGAAUGUGCCUCAGCCAAUCACAGCUGAGGCCUGCCCCUCAGGAGCAGGCCUCAGCUGUGAUUGGCUGAGGCCUGCUCCUGAGGGGCAGGUGGAGGCCGUAGAGAUCGCUCCCCUCAGCUUUCUGGUCGAGCGUCGCAUUGAGACGACAGCUCUACGCUCUUUGUUCAUUAGUCAUGUCCCACGCUGCUUGUUGCUGUUCCCAAAGAGUGUUUCUGUCCAUGAGGCUCGUUUAAGGUAUUUGAGGAAUGACGUAAUGGCUUUUGGUCAGAAAAGUGCCUCUCUUGUUUAAAGUCUUGAUUUCUAUUUCCGUUGGUGCUCUUAACAUCCGUCUGCAUGGCAACACCGUGCUAGAGCUCAGUGAUUGGCUCAGACUGUCGGGCUGUGGCUAACCUCUGGAUGGUUUCAGUGAUUGGCUGUGGCUAACCUCUGGGUGGUUUCAGUGAUUGGCUGUCGGGCUGUGGCUAACCUCUGGAUGGUUUCAGUGAUUGGCUGUGGCUAACCUCUGGGUGGUUUCAGUGAUUGGCUGUGGCUAACCUCUGGAUGGUUUCAGUGAUUGGCUGUCGGGCUGUGGCUAACCUCUGGAUGGUUUCAUCAUGCAUCCGGAGGGUUGAACACAGAAUCACUUAUUGAACUUUUGAUUUGCUCAAUUGUAAAACAUUCAGACAGUAAACCUGCAACAGCAGGAAGCCUCCAGUCGGCUACGAUAUGCUCAUGUUGAGGAUGAUGCUCUUGAGGAAUGAACAUGUUGACGUGUGAUCUGGACUCGUGAACAUGAGGUGUGACCUGGAGCUGCAGCUCGUUGUCAUGACACCAGAACAAAGAGAGGGAUGUGAGUUUCUUCACAGCAUCGUCUUCAUGCGCUGAGGGAACAGGAAGCGGCGCCUCGAGGACUCGUCGUGUCUGAAGGACGAUUGUUGUGGUUAUUACUCUUUGGUUUGGCCUCCUUUUGUAUAUCAGUAUUUAAUAUCAUAUUUAAGAAGAACGGAAGCAGCUGGACUAUGAGCAACUUGUGCAUUUACAACACUUUGUUUUUUAAAUUAUUUAUUUAUCUCAAAUGAUAUAUGUGCACAAAAGUUAAACUUUUAAUCGUACGACACACCACGAUGUGUACGGAUUGUAUAUUGGACACAAAUAAAUAACCAAUGCAAGCCAUUGGGUGAAGGAUG